AUGGAAAGUGAUAAAAUCAAAACAUUACCACAAAAUUUUGUUCAUUGUUCAAGAGAUGAUUUGAUAGUCUUGAUUGCUAGGAUGUUAAAUUCAUUGAUUUCUAUAAAUGAUAAUUUUAAUGAUUCAAAUCUAUCACCGUCAAAUUUAACAAGAUUCCAUUCAAGAACACCACCAGGAAUUUCAGUUUAUAGUUACCUGGCAAGAUUGGCUCGUUAUUCAUCAUUAGAAAAUGCUGUUUUAUUGGCUGCUGUUUAUUAUAUUGAUUUAUUAUCAACUGUAUAUAAUUCAUUUACAUUGAAUUCAUUAACUGUUCAUAGAUUUUUACUCACAGCAACUACAGUGGGGUCAAAGGGACUUUGUGAUUCAUUUUGUACAAAUAGUCAUUAUGCAAAAGUUGGAGGUAUUCAAGCAAAUGAAUUAGAUAUUCUGGAGAGAGAAUUUUUAUCAAAAGUUAAUUAUAGAAUUCUUCCCAGAGAUUUUAAUAUUGAAAGAUGUGCAAAUGAAAAUAGAAUUGUUAGUUCUUAUGAACGUAAAAAAUCUAUUGAUCAAUUAGAAGGUGGAUUGAAAACUGAACAAGAAUUACAACAAGCUCAAACUCAAUUUGAUAAUCAAAAUCAAAAUCAAUCACAACCUCCAGGAAGCAGUGGACCAACAAGUUCGACUAAUACCACUAGUAAUAAUACUGGGACAACAUCAGAUGAAAGUUUUUCAAGUUCAAAUAAAGAUAAUAAUCCACUUUAUGAAAAAAAUGCCGGUUAUAACGUUUUGGAUCUUUAUUAUCAAAAAAUGAUUGUAUUAGUAGGUAAAGAAACUGGUAUUGAUGAUAAGCAAUUACCACAAAGUUUCAUUUAUGCAUUAAAUAAUCAAAAACCAACAGAAGAACAAAAGGAAUUCGAAGAUAAAAAUUUAAUUAAAACAGAUCCUGAUACAUUACCUGAUAUAAUAUAUAAUAAAAUGAUUCAAAGUUUAAUAACUGCAUAUAGAGAUCAUUUGAAAAACUGGAAAAAGAAACAACAUCCAUCAAUACAACAAGUUAAGAAUUCAGAACCGUCAUCAUCAUCAAAUAAUAAUAAUGGAAAGAACAAUAAUAACAAUAUACCCAAAUCACCAAUGAAACGAAGUAUUGAUGAUACUAUAUCGUCUCUACCCAAUGGGAAAAGAAGUACUACGCAUCCUAGCAGUAAUGGAUAA